AUGUCCUCCAACCCGAAUCAAGCGGGCGAUGGCGACGCCCCUAAUGACGGACCGGCGAGGGAUGCUGCGCCUCCUCAGUCUGAUCCGCAGGCCGUUGAUCUCAUCCUUCGAAAGCUGGAUGAGAUCAAAUUCGGUGCCGAUCUCAAUGCUCGAAGGCUGAAUGAUCUCAAAGACCACGUCGAGCUCUUGACCCGAAAGCUGGAGGAUAUCAGAGGCGGUUUCAAGCUGUCCCGCAGGAGUCUGAGAACUGCACUGCGAGCCUCAACCAAUACAAUCCUCCUCGAGCUACAGCGACUCGGACAUUCUGGACCUUCUGGACCUGCCGAACCGGCCGAACCUGCCGAACCUGUCGAGCGGGCCGCAUUUGUCGCAGUCCAAUGUCUCGAAGGCCGCGGAUUCUGGGUCGAGAUUUUUGCCUUGGUCUUUCUGAAUUUCGUCACGGUCAUCUUGACCCUCUGGCUACUAGUGCAGUUCGGCCCGGGCAGGGACUUUGUCCGCGGACUAUGCCACUGA